AUGCGUUCGUCAAUCUCCACAACACCGGCCCCCUCGAUAUGGGAACCUGCUCGGAUUAGCUUGAAUGCUGGAUCCGGGCAGAGGAACCAUGUUGUUUUCAUAUGUACACGACCCGCGGAUGUCUAUGGCAUCUGCGAUGAGCUCCGGGAUACACUGGCCGCAAUCGCACAGGACCAGCGGCCGACAAUCGUGACGAUUAAUCCGCACCAUGCCCAACACCCCCGUGGAAUGCAGGCAAGGUGCAAUGGGCAUGUUUGUGUGGCCCCUGACGUGGGAGACAGACGGACCGCGGUUGUCAAGACCGCACUGCGAGAUGUUUCGCCGUGCAUCGAAGUGCUGGAGCAGGAGCAGCACCUCGACGUGGUUGCUGCAAUCUCUGGUUUCGCCCCUCCUCAUGUGUAUUAUCUGAUGGAGGCACUCAUUCUAGUGGGAGAAACUCACGGGCUGGAUCCGGAGAUGACACGGCGACUUGUCACUCAGUCCUGCCUGGGUGCGGGCCAGCUUGCACGUGAUGCAAGUGUGCCCGUGAGUCAACUUCGCUCCGGCGUAUGCGUUCCAGGGGGUAGCACUCGCAAAGCUAUUGCUCAUCUCGAGAGAUUAGGGUUCCUCGAGGGCGUACAAACAGCCGCCGAAAAGAGUCUAGAUCGGCAGAUGCGGUACCUAGAAUAG